GCUUCGUAGUUUUCUACCAUCUGUUUAAAUUUUUUGUUUUUGUUUUAUUUUUAAAGAAUAUAGAUAGAUCCAAGACCUGUAGUGAGAAGAGGUCUCUGAGUUGUGCCGUAAACAGUAAAUUUAAUUUGCAUUCGUUUCUAUUCUGUACGCCAACCUGCUGUCUAAUUUCUCCGUAGAAAGUAGCCCUGAAACAUUAUGAUGCAUAUUUCUGCAGCUUAAUCAUUGUAACAAUAGUAUGGGAUUAAGAGUUCGUGACUGCAAGAAUCUCGCUUUUCGCGAUAUUGGGCUUACUUACUACUAUCUUUUUACUUCAAAAAAUAAAAAAAACAAAAAAUAAGAAAGCGGAGCCAUAGGGUGGGGCUAGACUUUCUUCGGGAACUAACUUCUAAGUAAAUACGAAGUGUAAAUAAGAAUCUUGCACACACACAAAAAGUUGAGGUUAAAUUACAAUCUCGUGGCUGGGGUAUCGAGAAAAAUGUCAGAGGAUCGGUUGCAGAAAAAUGUAAGCACAUCAUCCGGGAGGGGGUACAGCGUGGUGGGCGUAUUGUUGGCAAGGAACGGGAGAGAAAGAUGUAUAAUUUAAUGGUAUAUACAAUCCACUGAUCCUAUUACCGUCCUCCCCGGAGCUCUUGUUAGUUUCAAUGGGAGUGAGUGAAAUUGACAUGGACUUGCAUUCCUGGUCAUGUGCUUUUUUUCCUUUCUUUCUUCUCCUGUGAUCUGAGAUCCCCUUUUUGUUGAUGUUGCUUUCCCCCUUAAUUAUAUGCAUGUAGGUUAAAUGAAUACCUGACGAAAGGGCCCACGUUUCAAGGCAGUGACAUUUGAUAGCUGAGAGGAAAAGUGGCUUUAAUGAAAAGCAACCUUUGGAAUUCCUGCUUGUGAGAAAUCCAAUUCAGCUUUUUGUGCUACCAGCAAGAAAUGAUCAGUAGCACCAGUGUUUAUGGCUUGAAGAUGCAGUGGACGCCGGAGCAUGCCCAGUGGCCAGAACAGCACUUUGACAUCACCUCAACCACUCGGUCUCCUGCUCACAAAGUUGAAGCCUACAGAGGUCAUUUGCAGCGCACCUACCAGUACGCCUGGGCAAAUGAUGACAUAUCUGCUCUGACUGCAUCCAACCUUCUGAAAAAAUACGCAGAGAAGUAUUCUGGCAUUUUGGAAGGUCCCGUAGACCGACCUGUACUCAGCAAUUAUUCAGACACACCAUCAGGACUCGUGAAUGGUCGGAAAAAUGAUAGCGAACCCUGGCAGCCUUCCUUGAAUUCAGAAGCCGUUUAUCCCAUGAACUGUGUUCCGGAUGUCAUCACGGCCAGCAAAGCUGGUGUCAGUUCAGCCCUCCCUCCGGUAGAUGUCUCUGCAAGUAUAGGGAGCUCCCCUGGGGUGGCCAGCAACCUGACAGAACCAAGUUACUCAAGUAGUACCUGUGGAAGCCACACAGUACCUAGUCUUCAUGCAGGGCUCCCAUCUCAGGAAUAUGCUCCAGGAUACAACGGAUCAUAUUUGCAUUCUACCUACAGUAGUCAGCCCACACCUGCACUUCCUUCGCCUCAUCCAUCCCCAUUGCAUAGCUCUGGGCUCCUGCAGCCGCCCCCUCCUCCUCCCCCACCAGCCCUGGUCCCAGGCUACAAUGGGACUUCCAACCUCUCCAGUUACAGUUAUCCCUCUGCUAGCUAUCCUCCUCAGACUGCUGUGGGCUCUGGGUAUAGCCCUGGUGGAGCGCCCCCUCCUUCAGCAUACCUGCCUUCAGGAAUUCCUGCUCCCACCCCUCUGCCCCCCACUACCGUUCCUGGCUACACCUACCAGGGUCAUGGUUUGACACCCAUCGCACCCUCUACUCUGGCCAACAGUUCGGCAAGUUCUCUCAAAAGGAAAGCGUUCUAUAUGGCAGGGCAAGGAGACAUGGACUCCAGUUACGGAAAUUACAGCUAUGGCCAACAGAGAUCGACACAGAGUCCUAUGUACCGAAUGCCCGACAACAGCAUUUCAAACACGAAUCGGGGGAAUGGCUUUGACAGAAAUGCUGAAACAUCAUCCUUAGCAUUUAAGCCAACAAAGCAGCUGAUGUCCUCUGAACAGCAAAGGAAAUUCAGCAGCCAGUCCGGGAGGGCUCUGACCCCUCCUUCCUACAGUACUGCUAAAAAUUCAUUGGGAUCAAGAUCCAGCGAAUCCUUUGGGAAGUACACGUCGCCAGUCAUGAGUGAGCACGGGGACGACCAUAGGCAGCUCCUCGCUCAUCCAAUGCAAGGUCCGGGACUCCGUGCAGCUACCUCAUCCAACCACUCCGUGGACGAGCAACUGAAGAACACUGACACGCACCUCAUCGACCUAGUCACCAAUGAGAUCAUCACCCAAGGACCUCCUGUGGACUGGAGUGAUAUAGCUGGUCUUGACCUGGUGAAGGCUGUCAUUAAGGAGGAGGUUUUGUGGCCAGUGUUGAGGUCCGAUGCGUUCAGUGGGCUGACGGCCUUACCUAGGAGCAUCCUUCUAUUUGGACCUCGGGGAACAGGCAAAACACUAUUGGGCAGAUGCAUAGCUAGUCAGCUGGGAGCGACUUUUUUCAAAAUUGCUGGUUCUGGACUAGUGGCAAAGUGGCUGGGAGAAGCGGAGAAAAUCAUCCAUGCCUCUUUUCUUGUGGCCAGGUGUCGCCAGCCCUCGGUGAUUUUCGUUAGUGACAUUGACAUGCUUCUCUCCUCGCAAGUGAGUGAGGAACACAGUCCAGUCAGUCGGAUGAGAACCGAAUUUCUGAUGCAGCUGGACACUGUACUAACUUCGGCUGAGGACCAAAUCGUAGUAAUUUGUGCCACCAGUAAACCAGAAGAAAUAGAUGAAUCUCUUCGGAGGUACUUCAUGAAAAGACUUUUAAUCCCACUUCCUGACAGCACAGGGAGGCACCAGAUAAUAGUACAACUGCUCUCACAGCACAAUUACUGUCUCAAUGACAAGGAGUUUGCACUUCUCGUCCAGCGUACAGAAGGCUUUUCUGGACUAGACGUGGCUCAUUUGUGUCAGGAAGCAGCAGUGGGCCCCCUCCAUGCUAUGCCAGCCACAGACCUUUCAGCCAUUAUGCCCAGCCAGUUGAGGCCCGUGACAUAUCAAGACUUUGAAAAUGCUUUCUGCAAGAUUCAGCCUAGCAUAACUCAAAAAGAGCUUGAUAUGUAUGUUGAAUGGAACAAAAUGUUUGGUUGCAGUCAGUGAUUCAGUCUUUAAAAGUUAAAAAAAAAACAAAAAACAAAAAACAAAAAAACAUGUAAUGAAUGUUGGCACACACACACAUAAAACCUGCUACAUAGGGAAUAGAGCCCCUUUCCAGUAGUGUUUCAACUGCAGAGGGUCCUGGGGAAGACAACGUUUGCGUUGCAGCUGUAGAGUCAGGGUAGCUUUGGAGGAAACAUGCAUCAGAUGAGAGCCUCUGAUUUGAAAGCCCCAGACGACAGAAAGCAUAUCUAUGUGGAUGCUCAGAACGGUUCAAGCUAGACAACACUCACCGAGACGCAAGGUGCAAGUGUGUCGAUUUCAGAAGGACAUGAACCUCGUGUGUUGAUUCCAUUCUGCUGUCUCAAGAUUUAGUUGCUGUCAAGUGCCUGGAGUGGUGCUUUAUUUUUUUUGUUUGCCUCACAAUUACAUUGGUGGCAUGUGCUAAUAUAAAGAGCUUUAACUUCAGACAUUGUCGGACUAAAGAGAUGAACAGUUGUGUUCACAACAGAAAACCAGAUUUUUGCCAUUUUUAAGAGCAACAGUAUUCCUCAAUCCUGUCUGUUCUGCGGUGUUAAGCUAAGAACAGGUAAAACAGGGUAACGGUAAUCUGGACCUUAAUGUCUGCAGUUCAUUUCUUUUAAUGUUCUUGUCUGCAAAAACUCAGGAAAGUGAUUGUGAUUUGUACAGUACCUCAAAGGAAUGUGUUCAAAGCACUAUGUACUGCUGAGAGUUAUAGGGUAGGCUUCAAUGUUACUUUAUAUUAAAAUGUAUGUUUACCUCAACAAUUGGAGAAUAGCAAGGAAAAUUACUUUGAAUGUAUCCGGAAAAAUUACUGAAGUGUGAUACAGCUGAAUAUUUACAAUUUAAAGUAGAAAUGGAAGGAUUUUUCUUUAAAGUUCUCUAACGAAUUGUGGGGAAUUAACCAGAGCAGAACAAUUCCUGAAGAGUUUUUAAUACAUUGCUCUCCUUGAUGAGGAAGUGAAAAUGUUCAUAAAAGUUACACUGGUUAAUUGAAAGCUAUGUAUUCAGUUUGUGUUGGUGUUUAGAGCAGUCAGCCACAGACCUGUUUUAGGACCCUGAAAGUGACGGAACCUAACAACUGUAACUGCCUUUUACCGCCAUGGUAGAGGUGGUGGUGGUUUUAUUUUGGAAGCUCUCUCUCUUAAACUGCUAGGGAUGGUGUCAUUCUGUUCACUAAGAGUUUCUAGGCUUGCUGUGCUGUUUCAUAGAAUGCAGAGGAUAGAACCAAAUCAAACACACAAAUUUAAAAAAAGAAAAAAAAAAAGUAACCAACUAUAUGUAUCCACAGAGAACCUCUCCAUGCCCCCUCUCCCCCCCCCCAUCUUGACGUCAUUCUUCACAGAGCACUUUCGCUUCUCACCUUGGACCACCCUGGCUGUAGUACUCCCCUGUCCAUUUCUACCUCGGUUUCAUUACAUUUCUUUUGGAAAAAUUAGACACGGACAUGUAUACCACAGUCGAGCUUGCCAAAUGUGGGUUUGUUGUUUGUUUUGUUGUGUCGUGUUGUUGUAUUGUGUUCCCUUCCAUCUUUUUGCCAUAAUCUAGUUUCCCAAAACACUAAUCUUCAAUGCGUUCUUUCCCUGCCGAGCACGACCGCAUGGCAUAUGUGGCGUUUUAUUCCCACUCCCCACCUCUGUUCCUGCUUCCCGCCAGGUUGUCCUUUGUCUCCUGUCGUGCGUGCGUGCGUGCGUGCUUGCGUGCGUGCGUGCGUGCGUGCGUGCGUGCGUGCGUGCGUGCGUGCGUGCGUGCGUGAUGGGCAAGUUUUCCGUUGAAAGCUGGCUGAUGUUCACCAAUGCCUCUCGCAGCCACAGUGCAGGACAGAGCUUUCCAAAGCCGCUGCCUGUGCCCAAGCAGAGCAGCCUAGCAUUUUGAAUGUAUUUUCCUGGGUUUUGCCCCUCCUUUUUUUUUUUUUUUUUGUUUGUUUGUUUGUUUUUUGUUUUGUUUUAAUUUAGAGAUGCAGUAACUGUUGCAAAGCACUGGCAUUUUGUGUAUUCAAUAAGUGAUGUACAUUUUAAGGUAAUUUUAAAUAAAUGCAAUGGCAGCCCCAUGAAA